ACCACAUAAAGUCAUUUGCUAUUUUUAUAUUGUACACUCACCUACAUCACCUACAUACGUCUGUGAAUCGAGUGUUUACGUUUAAUCACACUUUCGGAACAGGCAAAUCCCGAAUUUUCUCUGUCUUUUUAACUAGUGUGAAUAAAGAUGUCGUUUCUUUUCGGAAAGAAGAAGCAAGCGGCGCCACCGACAACUGCCGAAGGAAUCCAGAAAUUGAGACAAACAGAAGAAUUGCUUGAGAAAAAGCAGGCGUUUUUGGAAAAGAAAAUCCAGGAAGAAAUUAAAAUAGCAAAACAAAAUGGCACGAGAAAUAAAAGGGCGGCUAUCAUGGCAUUGAAGAGGAAGAAGAGAUUAGAGAAGCAACUUCAACAAAUCGACGGCACAUUGUCGACGAUAGAAUUCCAGAGGGAAGCACUAGAGAACGCAAACACAAACACCGAGGUUGUCAAGACCAUGGGAUUUGCCGCAAAGGCCCUCAAGAGUGCACAACAAAACAUGGGUGUAGAGGACGUGGAUGAUUUGAUGUCCGACAUCCAAGAACAGAUGGAAGUAUCCAAUGAAAUCAGCGACGCAAUCUCCAACCAGAUCGGAUUCGGCCAAGAUGUCGACGAGGAUGAACUAUUCAAGGAAUUGGAGGAGUUAGAGCAAGAGGAAUUAGACGAGCAGCUUCUGAGUGUUGGGCCCAGCGUUGCUCCGGAGCUACCCGAUGUGCCAACAGCAAGACCUGCCAGAGUUGCAGACCAAGAGGAUGAGGAUAUGAGAGAGCUGGCUGCCUGGGCGUCCUAGCUUGCAGGGAGACUAUCCGAUCCAGAUAAAUACACUCUUAUUAUAUUCCGAACGGUACUUUCAUGUCUGAUUUUGAGCAGAGCAGACAGUCUGUUUAUAUGAGACAGCUCUGAGCAGCUUUGUCCGUUAGAAAGUCAGUCAACGCUAGUUAUCUAAAAAACUUGUAAAUAACGUUAGAAAUCACUUUUAUGCUUUUUUUGCAAAAUCGCAUUUAUUUUGUUAUCUCUUUUUAUGAUUUUGCUGCGUGACAAGCUGUGAUUUUCCAUAUUUAUGACUAAUUUUAUAGUCCGUAAGAUCUCCCUGUGUCAACAUUUACCUGUGUAAGAAGUAAUACCCUCCUAACACUAAUGCUUGGGUGGGCUCUGUUCAACCUCGACAUUGCCAAGAUGUAACAAAAAAAUCAAAAGAAAUGUCGAACAAAAUAUUUAUGGGAUUGUCAUACCACAACUAGUGGUCCCCCUGUCAUAACCCAUAAAUUGCCCUUAACAAUCCAGAGGCUUUUCCCCAAGGGAAGGGGCUUACCCUCCCGUACGUUCACAGGAAGGCAAAACAAUUUGAUCAACUCAUGGAAAAGGGAACAAAAUUUGUCGGAUAAUAAGCAAAACGCAAAAACAAACUCGAAUGUUGCAGCAUGUAGACCUAUAUCGGACUCUGUCAAAUUGACAGAGAAGUUAAUACUUACCUUUCAGAGUCUAUUGGUUAAGCAUAACUUAGCUUGCGAGGUCGUCACGACCUCUUCAUUCAGCAUUGUGGCUAAAUCCCUCCGCUCACGUGACCACCUUUGGGGCGGUCACGUGAGAGCAGAUCGUCAUAGAUGGCGGGCAGGUCAUAUCCCGCGUCCCUGUUGAGUGUUGGGUUCUGGGUCUUGAUCGGUAUGACCUCCCUCGAAUGUAGCAUUUUGUUUUGCAUGUUUUGUGAAAUCGGUACUUUUCUAAGAAGGCGUUCUUGUACAUGUUUGUAAAGGGAGAUUCAUUUAGAAUGCAUUUGCUGUGGCAUAUUCUCAACCAAUCCAAAGUUCACGCGCUAGCUUUUUGAACAAACAACAGGCAAACCUGGUUUUUGUAUGUGUAUCACCCUGUCGCCCACCUUAAUAUUCUUGAGUGUAUGUAUUUGUAAUGGUGAUGAAACAUGAGAAAAUGUUAAGUAUUGGAUCAAUGGUCUCAAAUAGACAGAUCU